GUCCCCGCCUUCCGCGGUCUGGCUGUUUCUCUUCUAAAGCAUUAUACACACACCGAGUAGAGGGAAGAAAAUCAACCCAUCUACGGAGGAUUUUAAGUGGACAUUAUGGUCAUUUGGAGACAAAAACCAACUUCGAGACACAAAAGCGUCCACCCAAACCGUUAAGUGGUUGGUAAUUUUUGUUGUUGUUGUUGUUCAAGCAUAUAUUUGAGGUUUUCUCGUGAGCGGAUGUGUCCUUGUCGGCUAGCCGUGGAGGUGGAGCGCGAGGCGGUGUCUUAUCAGAAAGCUUCCGCGACGUGAGAUAAAAACUAGAUCCAAAAAUGGCUUCGGUGUUAGGCUGCUUCAGUGGACCCGAAGUGUUGGAGGACGUAAGUCACGCUCAAGGUUUGAUGGGGGAGUUGAAGGUGUUGUACGACAGCCGCCUCCUCUCUGACAUUACUAUCGAGGUGGACCCCAACGGAGAACCCUUGGAGCCCAACGGAGGUGGUAUGAGGGAGGGGCCCUCGGGUGACGACCUCGUCCAGCUGUUCCACUGCAGCCGCAACGUCCUGGCCGCCGCCAGCCCUUACUUCAAGAGCAUGUUCACCGGCGGCUUGACCGAGAGCGUUCAGGAGAGGGUGGCCAUCCGUGGGGUGGAUGUAGAGUCCAUGUCGGUCAUCGUGGACUACUGCUACACGGGGAAGGUGACCAUCACCGAGAGCAACGUGCAGAGGCUGUACGCCGCCGCCAAUAUGCUCCAACUGGAGUACAUCAGGAAGGCCUGCUCCGGCUUCAUGACCCGCAGGCUCGACCUCGCCAACUGUGUCGGGGUUCUGAAGUUCGCCGACACCUACGACAACCUCGAGCUGAAGGACAGUGCCCGAGCCUUCAUCGCCAGGAACUUCGGCCAGCUGUGCAUCGCGGGGGAGCUUUGCGAAUUGGACCUACACCAGUUGGAGGACCUGCUCUCCCUGGACACGUUGGACGUAGCCUGCGAGCGCGAAGUGUGCUCAGCCGCCCUGCGCUGGAUCGAGGCCAACACGCCGCUCAAGAAGGAGGACACUCUGCGGGCGCUGAGGUGCGUGCGCUGGAACCUGUUCACCGAGAGGGACAAGCGCUACCUGGAGGGGCUGGCUGCGAGGCCCUUCAUCGAGAAGUACCUUGAGUCGUUCUUCAACAGGCCCUGCGCCAUGGCCGCAUCUCUGGACGUUCCCAAGCACAGGAUAGGCGUGAGUGCCAAAGAAAUGAUCUUGUUCUUCGGUCUUCCCAACGACAACAUCAUGUGCUGCGAUCCAUACACUGAGGACCUCUACUUUGUGACACCUCCUCUCGUUGAUCUGAGCACCCAGGAUUACAAACGCUCCACCAUGGAGUCCCUCAUUGCUUGUUCUAGCCCAGAAAACAACCUUUAUCUCGCCUCUCACCUCUCCAAACACUUCUGGCAGUACAAUCCGGUGCUCAACAGCUGGCAGGAGCUAGCGGAGAGGCCGCUUGGGAGGAUUCACUCUGGGAUGGGCUACCUCAAUGGUCACGUGUACCUUUUGGGGGGACGGAACCCUGUGACAGACGCCCGGCUGAAAGAGGUGGAAUGUUACAGUGUCCAGAGGAACCAGUGGACCUUCGUUGCUCCUCUGCCGCAUUCUUUCAGUAAGAUGCAGGUGGUGGCAUUGAACGAUCACUUAUACGUCGUGAACAAGCGGCGCAUGUUGUGCUAUGACCCGCGCCGCAACCGCUGGCGACACUGCGGCUCGCUGCGCCGCGACAAGCUGCACAAGGCGUGCGUUUACCAGGACCAGAUCAUCUGCGUGUGCGACAUCCCUGUGGUGAAAGCCUACAGCCCGGCGCGGGGCGAGUGGCGGCGGCUGGCCGACAUCCCCAUCGACAGCCGCGCCCUCAACUACCAGGUGAUCCAACAUGGCGGCAAGCUGCUGCUCCUCACGCAGACGUUGUUGCAGCACAACAAGAACCGUGUUCUCAUGCACGAGUACGAGCCGACGCGGGAGAGCUGGAAGAGCGUCAUGGCAGUCUACGUGUCCACGUUGGGGCCUGUCUGCGUUUCUACACGCGUCUACCCGGCGUGCCUGGGCUCGGCGCACAGCUUCUCAACUGAGGAAGAUGACGACAGUGGAUCCAGCGCCGACUGGGACCUCGACGGCUUGACGGACGCAGAUUCCGAUUCGGCUAGCUCCAGCUCAUUCUCGGACGAGAACUGGUAGUUGCAUUUUCACCGGGUUGCUGCGGCUGAACGGAUCCAUUUUCUAUACCACGACAGUGGGAAGCUCGAGUUUAUUCCUGAGGUCUUGCUUUCCCAAACUUGUGCUUUCUUCCCAGAACCGCAAUGGACUAAAAUACGUUACAUAUUGAAACAAAAUGUACUUAAAACUGUUUAAGAACCCUGAUGAUGUGUAUUCAGAUUUAAUGACUCCGUGACUAUGAAUCUAAAGUUAUUCAUCCAUUUUCCAUAGUGUUUGUCCUCACUCUCCAAUAAAAGAGCCCGUGACCCAAUAAAAAGUGACUCCACCCAUGUUUUAGGUUACAAUGCAAAAGCCUGUCUUGACUGUUUUUUUUUUUAAUUCCCUGGCUCAAUGUCCCGUGUCUGAUACCGAGAGACGAUGUACUAAAGCAGCGGUCAGGUCAGGCUGCCGCUACUUGCUCAAUUUCCACUGUGUCGAAUUACAAAAACGGCCCAGCAAAGCUCUACAAAGCUAGUGCGGCUUUACAAUGUUUAUUCAGGGACCGGAGCGUGUCAAGCUCAAAGCAAAUACACGAGCGAUGCGGGUGACACCAAAUGCGAAGCGUAUUUUCUUGCACUUCGGCUUUGUGUAAAGUGGCCAUUUCGUGUCUGGGCUUAGAAGUGAUUUGUCGUCUUUGUGUUGAACGCAGCUGAAGAUGUGUUGAACUGUAGCCGUCGUGCGCUGCACUCACAGAGCCAAAACAUCUCCGAGAGGUAUUUAUUUAACAAUACUGGACUGUAUGUUUAUCUUUGUGCUUGUUAGAAUUGCACUGCAUCAUACUGAGAGGUGUUUCUAAUAUAUUGGUUACAUUACCAACAUAUAAUACACAUUUUGUUAGAUUAAUACCUCCCUUGUGUCAGUCAAAAUUGAGCAGUGUUAGCUUUUUAAACACAAAUUUUGCUCAUUUUGGGUGCAGACUUUGGCGACAUGGCGAGUGCAUUAUGCUGACUCAGGUUUUUUGGUAUGUGUAUGUAGGUUUAUAUCAACGUAUUCCAUUAUUUAAAUUCAACCAAUCUGUUUUGAUUUUACCCCCCCACACUUAUUUUCCAAUGUUAACCGAUUAAUACUUAUGAAUCCCAUCUAAUCUGGUUGUUAACGCAAGCUACAGGACUACGAUGUACAGAACCGUUGUUAUUCCACUCCAAGUAUUAUAUCCAUAACAGAUUAGUUACUUGCAAGUGUGUGUGUGUGUGUGUGUUAUAUGUGUUUUCUAUGGUGAAUAAAGGCAAUUUUAAUAUA